CGUGUCCCGCUACUAGUGGCCCGGUUUGGAUCCUGGGUGCACAGGGACACACCGCUUGUCCGGCCUCAGCGUCCCACAUACAGCAACUAGGAGGAUGUGCAACUAUGACAUACAACUAUCUACUGGGGCUUUGGAGAGAAAAAGGGGGGAAAAAAAAAGAUGAUGAGGAAAUAGGGAGAUUGGAUUCUAACCCAGAGCACAAACCCUGAGGCCCUGAAUGGUGGUCAUUCAACUAUCCAUCCAAAAAUUAAGCAUGCCGGGCGCUGGAGUCACAGCAGUGAGCAGGUUGAACAAUGGUUCAGGUCAUUCCAGAUACCCCAAUUUCCUAGCAGUUAAGAUGGGGAGGCAGUGAGGUUCUCUGACCCUGGCGCCCUUUUCCUUCCUGGCUGCGAAGGGCGGGACCCGAGGGAGGCACGCAUGCGCAAAGGGAGGUCCGCCUUUGGCCCGGAACUUUGGUUCCGAGCGCGGCGGAGCACCCGGCCUCAGGAGUGUGCUCAGUCGGAAGUGACCGCUGAGGACAGGGGGUCGAGAUAGGCGCGCGGAGACCGUCCGUCGGUUAACAAGUCAUAGAGAAUCAGGAUGGAGGCGGUGGCCACGGCGGCGGCGGCGAGGGAACCCGAGGAGGGCUGCACAGAGCCCAGUCCUGGGCACUGGGGGGAGCUGAGCUGGACGCCAGUCCCAUCCAAACCCCAGGACAAGGUGGAAGCAGCAGAGGGAGUGCCCAGGGCCCUGGACGAUGACCCCCCUGGGGCCGAGAACCCAGCGGUGAAUGCCAUGCUGCGCGCCGUGGCUGCUAGUCGCCUGCCCGUGUGCAGCCAGCAGCAGGGCGAGCCUGACCUGACCGAGCGGGAGAAGGUAGCCAUCCUGAGCCAGCUGUACCACGAGAAGCCGCUGGUGUUCCUGGAGCGUUUCCGCACAGGCCUCCGUGAGGAGCACCUGGCCUGCUUUGGCCACUUGCGUGGUGACCACCGAGCAGACUUCUACUGUGCUGAGGUGGCCCGGCAGGGCACUGCCCGACCCCGCACUCUACGCACCCGCCUGCGUAACCGGCGCUAUGCUGCCCUGCGUGAGCUCAUCCAAGGGGGCGAGUACUUCAGCGACGAGCAGAUGCGGUUCCGGGCCCCGCUGCUAUACGAGCAGUAUAUCGGGCAGUACCUAACACAGGAGGAGCUCAGCGCCCGCGCCCCGACCCACCAGCCGCCCAAGCCCGGCUCCCCCGGCACACCCGCCUGCCCGCUCUCCGACCUGCUGCUCCAGUCCUACCAGGAGCGGGAGCUGCAGCAGCGGCUGCUCCAGCAGCAGGAGGAGGAGGAGGCCUGCUUGGAGGAGGAGGAAGAGGAGGAGGACAGUGACGAGGAAGAUCAGAGGCCUGGCAAAGACUCGGAGGCCUGGGUCCCCGACUCGGAAGAGAGGCUGAUCCUGCGGGAAGAGUUCACCAGCCGGAUGCACCAGCGCUUCCUGGAUGGGAAGGACGGGGACUUUGACUACAGCACCGUGGAUGACAACCCCGACUUUGACAACCUGGACAUUGUGGCUCGGGAUGAGGAGGAGAGGUACUUCGACGAAGAGGAGCCCGAGGACGCGCCCAGCCCUGAGCUGGACGGGGACUGAUGGCCACCCGCCUCGCCCCACCCCAACAAGACAGCUUGAUGACAGGCCAGCUCAGUGACUUCUCCAGGGGGACCAGGGCAGUGGUCCCACACCACCAGCCUCACCACCAGACCUCUCUGGGUCUGCUCCCAUCUCAGACAGCCCCUCCCCUCUAUGUCAGUUCCCUACCUCCCUCCUCGCUCUCCUUUUCCUUCUCCUCCCUAAACCCUACCUCUGUUUCUCUCUCUGCCUCUCCCUGAGCGCCUCCCCCCCCACCCGCCCGCCUUUCUGUCUCCUGCUCUCUGUGUCUCUCUCCCUCUCUCUCUCCUCCUCUGUCCCCACCACAGGGCCCAGGAUGAAUGUCCACCCCUUGACGUGGGGCCAGUGGGGCCUCGUAGCUGGAGCCGGCCAGGUGACCCCAGUGCCCCACUCAGGGUGGGGCUGACCCCUGGGCCGCAGAGUGGCUCCCUGCCUCCCUUCCUGGUCUCUGCCCCGUCUUCCUCCACCUCUCUGUUGACUCUCCUGUCACUCCUCGUUGUCUCUGUUACAUUCCCAUCUCUCCUUCAGCCUCACUUUCUGGGCCUGUGGUUCUUCCUGCCCUGCAUUUCCAUCUCUUGGUCUCUGUCCUGUCUCUGUUCCUCUCUAUCUGUCUCUCAGCCUUUAUCUCUCUGGGUUUCACUGUCCCCCUAGCCUGACUAUUGUGGGCAGCAGAACCCUGACUGCUGAGUAAUGUGGCCUCACUGCGGGCAGGCAGGAGACCCCAGGGGUGGCAACUAGCUCUCACCUCCCCCUGGGGACCCAGGCAAGGGAGGGGUGGGUAGGGGCAGCACUGGGGAUCAUGGGCCUGCCAGCUUGGGUGGGGAGGGGGGAUUCUCCUUUCCACCCCCACCAACCCCCCUCUGCCCAGCCACAAUUUUCCCUUCCUUCACUUCCUCCCUUUCCCUCUCCUGUUUACACUCCCCAAAUACGCACAGGCUGUUAUCAUGGGUCCUGAGUCAUCCCACACACACACGCAGCCUGCCCCAGCAUCCCUGCCCCCAGCUGGCCACAGGGCCCGCCCCACAGAGCCCCCUGCCGCCCCAGGCUAAUGGGAGCCAGAUGGCCGCCUGGUGACUCAGCCACCGGCCUGUGGGAACCCAGGCGUCCCGCCUUCCCAUGCCCCCACACCCAGCUCAUACUCCCCCGGUAGACACACACAAGAAGGGGCCAGCUGCAGAGGGGGAGGGCAUAGGCCAAGGGUCAGAGAGAUGGGGCCUGGGGACCUCUCACUCCUGUGAGCUGGAAUGGUGGCAUUCUGCCAUGGCCAAGCCUGAAGGACCCUCAAAGCCACCUCCUUGGGCAUGUGGCCCAGAGUGAGGGGAGAUCCCGAGGCCCUCUGGGGCCACAGCUCUUGACCCCAGGGCCUGACCCCUGCCCUCUGGGUCAACCAGAAUUAGAGCCAGACGCAGAAAGUGAAAGCUGGAUGGAAGCUGAGGGAUGUUCAGAUGGAGAGACUAUUAAAUAAGGAAACUUCCGGUUACUGAGCAGUUCUAUCUGUGCCAGGCCCGAGCAAGGUGCCCGGCGCCACGUCAGAUCCUCCAAACAGCCCCAUGAACUAGGCACUCAGCUCUACUUCAUAGAUGAGUCAAGGGAAGCCCAGAAAGAUGUCACUUACUCCAGGCCAUGCGGCCAUCAGAGGUGAAAACCCAGGUCUAGAACUGCAUGAGUCCUGGAGACUCGACUAGCCUCCCUGUCCGACAUCAGGGCCACUCAGAGCAGACAGACGCGCAGACAGACUUCUCAGAUGGAAAGACUGAAGAGUUAGCUGUUGAGGAUGAUAGCAGCUGACACCUUGGGGGUCCUUCCCGUGCGCUAGGCACGGCCCUACACAGAUGGGACUGAAGCAUCUUGACACAUGAUCAGUACUGCAUCCCUGAACCCUCCUGGUGGUCCUGUGCGGACGCACUCUCAGUAUUGACAUUCUGUCUCCUGGAGGAGGCCCAAAAUAAUCCAGCCAGACUCACGUGAAGAACAAGAGAAACAAGCGAGGUUUCUCUCUCAGGAGAGAGGUCCUUCUCAGGUACUUCUUGUGCUCAUGCCCUCAGGUUGUGAGAGCUCUUUCAUAACACAGGGAUCAGCCCUUAGUGAGGUGCACAUUUUUCACCAGUCUAUGAUUUGAUCAUUAAAUUUGUUUGUGAUAUACUUUGCCAUACAGAAGUUUGUUAUAUAAUAAAAAAAAAAAGUGAUGAGAGACACA